UGUGGCACUGUACAUGGACCUGGCCAUGGCACGAACACGGGGAUUUAGGAUAUCAUGUCUUCUGGUCUUAUUUAUGGUAGUCAAGACUGUGGGCUCCAACAUCUGCACAUCGCGAGGUGUGAGUACGUGCCAACAGUGUCUUGCUGUGCACCCCACCUGUGCCUGGUGCUUCCAGGAGGACUUUGCGGAGGGCAAGGCGAGUGUGUCUCGAUGUGACCUGCGUAAGAACCUGAGGGCGGCGGGCUGCAGCGACCGGUCCAUGGAGAACCCCAAGAGCGUCAUGACCGUCACCGAGGACAAGCCCCUUAGCAACAAGGCAGCCGGCUCCAUGGAGGACGUCACGCAGAUACAGCCCCAGAAGGUUCACAUCACACUCAGGCCAGGUGACUCUAAGCGCUUCACGGUGAAGGUGCGUCAGGUCGAGGACUACCCAGUGGACCUGUACUACCUCAUGGAUCUCUCCUACUCCAUGAACGACGACCUCCACAGCCUGCGCAUGCUCGGCAACGAGCUGGCCCGCGCCAUCAACCGCACCACCAGCAACCUGCGCAUGGGCUUUGGGGCCUUUGUGGACAAGCCCCUCUCACCCUACAUGUACAUCUCCCCACCGGAGGCCGUCAAGAACCCUUGCUAUGGGAUAAAUCGCAGCCCGAGCGUGUGCGACCCACAGUUUGGCUACAAGCACGUGCUGUCGCUAACGGAGAAGGUGGGCCGCUUCACGGAGGAGGUGAGGAAGCAGAUCGUGUCCCGCAACCGAGACGCGCCCGAGGGAGGCUUCGACGCCAUCAUACAGGCAGCCGUCUGCAAGGAUGAGAUCGGUUGGCGGUCGGGGGCGUCCCACCUGCUGGUGUUCACCACUGAUGCCAAGACCCACAUCGCUCUGGACGGGCGGCUGGCUGGCAUCGUGAGGCCCAACGACGGCAGGUGCCACAUGGGCUCAGACAACAUGUACGCCAUGUCUACCGUACUGGACUAUCCAUCGCUAGCCCUGAUAACGGAGAAGAUGUCAGAGAAUAAUAUUAACCUUAUCUUCGCCGUUACGGACGCUGUUCAACCGCUCUACAAGAACUACAGUGAGCUCAUUCCCGGCACCGCAGUGGGUCUCCUGUCUCACAACUCCAGCAACGUCAUCCAGCUGAUUCUAGAUGCCUACGCCAAAAUCCGUUCCCGUGUGGAGCUGGAGCUGCAGGGUAUUCCGGAGGAGCUGAGUUUAUCCUUCAACGCCACCUGCCUGAACGGGGAGGUCAUCCCUGGCCUCAAGUCCUGCUCCGGCCUCAAGAUAGGAGACACGGUGUCCUUCAGCGUUGACGUGCGUAUGCGCGGCUGCCCGACCGAGAAGACCAAGACCUUCACCAUGAAACCCGUGGGCUUCAAGGACACGCUGCAGAUCACCGUCACCUUCGAGUGUCAGUGCAAAUGUCAGGCCCAGGCUGAGCCGGACAGCCCUGUGUGUCACCACGGCAACGGGACGUACGAGUGUGGCAUCUGCCUGUGUCACCCGGGCCGCCUGGGCCCGCUCUGCGAGUGUGCGGAGGGGGACUACAGCCCCGAGGAGCAGGACGCCUGCAGCGGCAGCCCCGACAAGGCCGUGUGCAGCGGGCGCGGCGACUGCGUGUGCGGCCAGUGCGUGUGCCACUCGAGCGACUUCGGGAAGGUGUGGGGCGCCAUGUGCGAGUGCGACGACUUCAACUGCCUGCGCUACAAGGGGGAGCUGUGUUCAGGUCAUGGUAAAUGUCACUGCGGCUCGUGCCACUGUGACCCGGACUGGAAGGGUGAGAACUGCAACUGCUCGACGCGCACGGACACCUGCAUGUCCAGCCUGGGCCUCCUCUGCAGCGGUCGCGGCCAGUGUGUGUGCGGCACCUGCGAGUGCACCCAGCCCGGCGCCUACGGAGCAACCUGUGAAAAGUGCCCGACCUGCCCCGAUGCCUGCACCAUGAAAAAGGAGUGUGUGGAAUGCAAAAACUUUGAGCGAGGGAGGCUCUUUGACGACAACUCCUGCGCUCGCAUCUGCAGAGAUGAGAUCAGACUGGUGGAUGAUAUAGUGUUCCAUGAUAAGAAUGCUGUAAACUGCACCUAUAAGGAUGAAGACGACUGUGUGGUGCGAUUCCAGUACUACGAGGAGGCCAGCGGCCAGUCAGUCCUGUUUGUAGUCAAGGAGCCAGACUGCCCCAAGGGUCCGGAUAUCCUGGUUGUUCUGCUGUCGGUGGCGGGUGCCAUCUUGUUUCUUGGCCUGGCCACUCUGCUGAUAUGGAAGCUCCUGGUGACCAUCCACGACCGACGAGAGUUCGCCAAGUUUGAGGAGGAGCGGGCACGCGCCAAAUGGGACACGGGCCACAACCCACUCUACAAAGGAGCUACCUCCACCUUCAAGAACAUCACAUAUCGAGGCAAUAAGGACUAAUAAUGGAGGCCGAUUACCAUGAGGGAAUAGCUUGGACAAUUUACCAUUUCCGCAGCAUUUGGGAGAAUGGACCUGUUCAGAGAGGGAGACAUCCAUACAUGAUGGAUGGAGAGAUGGAUGGAUGAUGGAUGGAUGGAUGAAAGAUAUGAGAUUGAUGGAUGGAUGGAUGGACUUGUGGAUGGAUUGAUGUGUGGAUGUAUGAUGGAUGGAUGGAUGGAUGGAUGGAUGGAUGGAUGGAUGGAUGGAUGGAUGGAUGGAUGGAUGGAAGAUAUGAGAUGAAUGCAUGGAUGGAUGAAGGGAUGUGUGGAUGGAUGGAUGGGUGGAUGGAUGGAUGAAUGAAAGAUAUGAGAUGGAUGGAUGGAUGGAUGGAUUUAAGAUAUGAGAUGAAUGGAUGGAUGGAUGGAUGGAUGGAUGGAUGGAUGGACGGAUGGAUGGAUGGAUGGAUGGAUGGAUUUAAGAUAUGAGAUGAAUGCAUGGAUGGAUGGAUGGACGGAUGGAAGUGUUGUAGUAUCUGCCACUCAGACAGACCAACCUGUGCAGGCCCUACUGUUGUAGGAGGAGGAUCAUUUGUGUGCCAUCACUGUAAAUACAAGACACUGAACAUUUUAUGUUUUUUUUUAUUUUCAAUGUUGCUUUAUUCAUUCCCGAUGCCUGCUCCCUUCAGAUUGCUCUCUCUGUCUGUCUGUCUGU